AUGAUCGCCAUCGUCCUGCUCACUCUCGGCUUCACGCCGGCCGCCGCCCAACCCUGGCAGAUCUGCGGCGCCACGGCCAUGAACUACACGACCAGCGGUAGGCACCAUGCCAAUCUUGAGCUCCUAUCCACCAUGCUCACCGAAAAAGCCACCGCAAGUCCCUACCACUUCGGGACGGGCUCCGUUGGCGCCGCCCCGGACACCGUCUACGGCCUCGCGCUCUGCCGCGGCGACGUGAACGCCACCGCCUGCCGCGCCUGCAUCGCCGCCGCGUGCCUGGGCGCGCAGCAGCUGUGCCCGUACCGUGACGACGCGACCGUCUUCUACCCAACCUGCCGCCUCCGCUUCUCCGGCAAGAACUUCCUCCACCCAGACGAUUACUCCCAGAUCGUCGAUGGCGUGGUCAACACCAUGAACACGAUGGACACCACCAACGCGGAGCCCGAGCUGCCCGGUUGGGAUCCCGGCAACGCCGAGAGCGCCGCUGCCAUCACCGAGAUCAUCAGGGAGCUGCUGCAGGUGACGGCCCGGCAGGCGGCGUACAACUCCGGGGCGCGGAUGUUCGCCACCGGCCGCAUGGACGCCGGGGGCGGAAGCUUUCCGGUGUUGUACUCCAUGGCGCAGUGCGUGCCGGAUCUGACGCACAGGGACUGCUCGUCCUGCCUGCAGGUGAUCAGCUUCAUGGCCACGGACAACUUUGCUGGUAGACAAGGAGGACGGCUUCUUGCUCUGUGGUGUAACCUGAGGUACGACACGGUUCAUUUCUACAGCGGCGAUCCCAUGGUGACAAUCGUGUCGCCGGUGAAGGAGGUUGUGCGGCCAGCGCCACUUGUCGUUCCCAGCCGGAAACAUAAGAGGGGCAUGAUCAAAGUUGUUGUUCCACUACUUGCAUCGAUUAUUGGCUUGAUUAUUUCCUUCAUACUCAUAAGACGAAGGUGCAUAAAAGGUAAAGGGUAUCAGGAUAAGGCUCAGGUAAAUAUGAAGGAAGAUGAAACCAUAGUUUGGGGGCUAGAAGGAAGGAGUUCAGAAUUCAUGAUUUAUGACUUUUCACAAGUAUUAGAGGCUACAGCCAACUUCUCAGAAGAAAAUAAACUUGGGCAAGGGGGCUUUGGUCCUGUAUACAAGGGUCGGUGUCGUGAUGGGUUGGAGAUAGCAGUCAAGAGACUUGCUUCACAUUCAGGCCAAGGUUUCACACAGUUCAAAAAUGAAGUACAGCUCAUAGCCAAGCUCCAGCAUACUAAUCUGGUUAGACUCUUGGGAUGCUGUUCUCAGGAGGAGGAGAAGAUACUAAUCUAUGAAUGUUUGCCAAAUAAAAGCCUUGACCUUUUUAUUUUUGAUGAAACAAAAAGAGCUUUGUUGUAUUGGAAUACACGCCUAGCAAUAAUAGAAGGGAUAGCACAAGGACUUCUGUAUUUGCAUAAGCACUCUAGGUUACGGGUCAUACAUAGAGAUCUUAAAGCAAGCAAUAUUCUCCUGGACCAUGAAAUGAAUCCUAAAAUUUCAGAUUUUGGGCUCGCAAGGAUAUUUAGCACAAACAAUGCUGAAGUAAACACGGAAAGAAUCAUGGGGACAUAUGGCUAUAUGGCUCCUGAGUAUGCAUCAGAGGGUCUCUUUUCAAUCAAAUCCGAUGUAUUCAGCUUUGGUGUACUAACUCUUGAGAUAGUCAGUGGAAAAAGAUCAUCAGGUUUUCAUCAAUAUGGAGACUUCAUCAACCUUCUUGGACAUGCAUGGCAGUUGUGGAAAGACAAAAGAUGGCUUCAAAUAGUAGAUGCAUCAUUAGUUAUUGAGUGUCAUACAUUGGAGAUAAUGAGAUGCAUUAACGUUGCAUUGCUGUGUGUGCAAGAGAAUGCAGCUGAUCGACCCACCAUGUCAGAUGUGGUUGUGAUGCUAAGCAGCGAGAGUAUGACCCUGCCCGAGCCUAAGCACCCGGCAUACUUCCACGUAAGGGUGACAGCGGAAGAGACCCCAAUAGUCACUGAGACAUCUAUUGUCAAUGAUACGACAAUAUCCACUUUCCGUGGCAGAUAG